CAAAUAAACAAAUUGUUUAUUAUUUAGUCAAAAAUAAAAGAAAUCCAUUUUAAAUUAAAUACUAACCAUGUCCGAUGCAUAUGCCUGCGUUGCCAAAGGAAAAUUGAAACUCAAAUCCGACACAGAUCUUAAAAAGAAGAAAAAGAAAAAAAACAAGAGCAAAGACAAGGAAAUGGAACGGGAAGCAGCCAAAUCAUAUGUUGAGGCAGCAUCCACAUCCGGCACAUCCACAGUCGGCUUUGAACGUAAAUUAACAAAAGCAGAGCUGGCCAGCAAAAAGCAACAGGAAAAGAUGCGCAACAAGAGGAUUAUGGACAAAGCCCAGACCACACACAAGGAACGGGUGGAGAAAUUCAAUGAACAUCUGGACAACCUGACCGAACACUUUGAUAUACCCAAAGUGUCGUGGACAAAGUGAAAGGAGUCACAAAGACAAUUCAUCUUAAGGAUAUCAGAUACUUGCUUCAGUGCUCCGAUGAUGAUUUACCAUUAUUUGACCAUUUUAAGAGAUUUAUUAUAAUUAAAUAUAAUAAUUAGCUGAUCUAAACAAAGCGAAUCUGUUUUUGUAUUGUA